CUUAGUAUAAAACCGCGCGGAUGCAGGGCCUACUCAUAUCGACUAGCAAUGCAAGCAUACGCAAGCAGUCGCAAUGAUGGCGUACUAUUUAAAGAAGCACUUAGAUGAGCGGCGGAGACUGAAAGAGCAUGCUGACGAUGAACUUCAGAGGUUAAAAGAGCAUGCUGAAGAAGAAAGGCGGAGAUUGAAAGAGCAUGCUGAUGGUCUUGCAUCAAGGCUUUCAGAGAGCGAGAAACAGCUUGGCUGUAGGAAUGCAGAAAUCAGUAAUCUUCGAAAUGAGGUGAACCUUCUCAGGGAGGAGAUGAGAUUCCAGAAUGGGAAGGUACUCCAGCUCAGCUCAUCAGUUGAGCAGCUGCGAUACACUAACAUGGAACUUCAGCGUGUUGUCCAAGAGAAAGAUGCAGAUAUCUCAUCGUUGAUGGAGAAGGUCCAACUUCUAAGUGACGAUGCGGGGAAGCUUUGUUAUGAUCUAUUGAAGUUGUCAGAGGAGAAAGAGAGUCUCACAAAUGAAGUGAAAGGAAAACAGAGUCUUGUUGAUUGACUAUCGGCUGAGGUAAAGAAGGUGAGAGAACAGGCAGAGGAAAUGGAACUCCAGCUGUGGGAACGGGAUGGCCAAUUGAGUAUUCUGCGUGGCUCUCUGCAGGACGAGAAUGAAAUGGACUACGCCUA